AUGGAGAAUCAAACUGAUAAGAAGUUCAUUUGGGUCAGUUGGGUAAUUAAGAACUUCUCCUCUUUGAAAUCUGAAAAUGUAUAUUCUCAUCAAUUCGAGGUUGGUAGCUGCAAAUGGCGUCUUGCGGCCUAUCCCAAAGGAUAUAAUAAGGAUAAUCAUUUCUGUCUGUAUUUACACGUUGCUGAUUCUGAAAUUUUGCCCAUUGGAUGGAAAAGACACGCUAAAUUUUCCUUUACUAUAGUAAAUCAAUUCUCCGAUAAACUGUCCAAGCUUAGAGAAAGUCAAAAGUGGUUUGAUCAGAAGAGUCCUAGCUGGGGGUUUCCACAAAUGAUUACCCUUACCGAACAUAAUGCCAAAGAAGGAUUUCUGGUGAAUGAUGAACUCAUUAUUGUUGCCAAAGUUGAUGUUCUUGAAGUUGUAGGUAAAUUAGACGUAUCAGAGGAAUCUUCACCAGUAAAUGACACCAUAUAUGUCAAAGGGUUUCAAGUCCUUCCUUCACAGGUAGAAUCUGUGAACCGUUUGUUUGAAAAACACCAAGAUAUUGCAUCAAAAUUUCGUCCAAAGAAUCCAUUCCUGAAGACGGCGUACAUGAGUCUCCUCCUAAGCUUAACACAGGUGUUGUGUCAAUCGCCUCAGAAAAUCUCCGAAGAUGAUCUGGCAGAGCAGUAUGCUGCUCUGGCAUACCUGACAGAUGCAGGGUUUGAGUUGGGCUGGUUGGAGAAGAAACUUGAUGAAGUAAAAGAAAAGAAGAGUAAAGAGGAGGCUUGUUUGGCACGGCUACAAGAAAUGGAGGAACAACUUAAGCCAUUGAAGCAGAAGUGCUCAGUCGUCGAAGCUGACAUGGAUAAGGGGAAGGUUGAGUUGUUGGCAGCUAGAGCUCCUGUCUCCUUGUAUGAUGACGAUGUUGUCUGAAACUUUGAAUUCCUAGGAACAUUUAGGUUCUGCUAAGUGUUGUCGUUUGUAUGCUCGCGCGUCUUGAUUUUUAAGUGAGAGCUCUUUUAAAUUUAAGAAGAGAGACUUAUAAAGGAUGCUCCCACAUUGUGACAGGAAUGAGGAACCAAUGGCUUUAUCCAAUUCCUUUGGUUU